AUGCAAGACCUCUUUUGGGUGAAUCUCUCUCAACCGAUCCCACUCACAGCAACUCACCACCCAUGCGAUUCGAUUGUCACAGAUUCCACUCUUCGAAUUCGAGAAUGCUUGACACGCUUAACCAGUUUGCUUGAAGAACGCUCAUUGGCACUCUUGAAAUGCGCCCAUUUUGACACAGCCUUACGCGACACGAAUGCCAUCCUGAAACUCGACCCUACACGUGCUCUUGGUUACCUGCUUCAAGGGAAGCUGUAUGCGUAUUAUGGCCAACAACAAAAAGCAAUUGAGGUGUUUGACCAAGGCCUUACCAUGGCACGUGGAACGGAUGAUGGGGAACAGCAACGUAAUCAGCAGCAGCUAUUGACGGCUAAAGCAGAUGCAGAGUUGAUGCAGCAAAAGGGUGUGGAUUUCAUCAGCAAGCUACCAUUGGAUGUUGUAUCGACCAGCAUUGUACCUUUAUUGAUGGAUGAUGAGAAAUGGAAUCUAAGAAAGCCAUGUCCGUAUCUUCAAGUAUCCAAGUGUUGGCGUGAGCGAUUUGCACGUGGCAAGCUGUGCUAUGUGAUUGAUGACAACGAACCCUAUCCAGCUCAGGUUGUUUCUUUAUGUGACAACGUUCAUUCUAUGGAGAUCUGCAAUAACAAUCCACAUGAAGGCUAUGGUGUCUUGGGACAGCUGAGUACUUUACGGCGGAUGUGGGUUGCAAGGAUUUCACCAAUUAACGAAUCGAAUUUCCUCUCUUGUUUACGCAAAGUGGGUGCUUCUUUGCAUGACUUGGAGAUAUGGUUGACACAAGGAGCUAUGCUGAAUGUACGAGAUAUCAUGGAACGGUGUCCUCAUCUUUCAAGGCUGAUUACUUACCAGGUGUCGAGUGCCGACUUGCUAUCAACAUUGCAUCCUUAUCCACACUUUAUGCGACCUAUGCCAUCCCUUGUCACCCUUGAGCUUUGCGAGUUGCGUCACCCAGUCAACCACCAACAUGCCCUUUCAUUGCUGCAACAUUAUCCAUCAUUGCAGUCACUCACCCUCUAUCCAUGCCAUGAUUCUGAUCUCCUUCCAAUGAUACACCAGCAUUGUCCUUCAUUGCAGUAUUUGGUAAUCAGUACGCAAUCCUCAAUAGUACCACCACCACCACGGCAGCGCAAAGACAAUCAACAUGGAUUACGAUCCAUUUUUGUUCAAGAUGAGAAUGCUCAGUAUUACAACAUUGAAGACAUUCGACAGUGCAUGAUGACCCACAACGCUACGCUUGAAUCAGUAACGAUCUUGGUUGGUACUUUGCGUGAUGAUCCAGAUCCACCAACAGCAUUACAGUUUCCACAACUACGAUACCUGAGCUAUGCAUUUAGUGAACGCCAUGGACCCCCGUUAUUUGGAUGGUGGAUGCCUUAUCAUACACCAAUACUGGAACAUGUGGAAUUGACCAACGACACCCUUAGGCGAUCUCCCAGCCUACGUGAAGCGCUUUGCAGCAUGGUACGGAUUAGAACCCUCGGGAUUCAUGCGGCUCAUGGUGACAUUCAACCACUUUUACAAUUGAUUGAAACGAUGGAACAUCAUGGAUGCCUUGAACAACUCGUUAUUUCUCCUGCAUCGCUUCCUAUGAGGGACGACACGAUGAGACGCAUAAUCAGCAAAUUGACACAUCUCAAACGUUUGUCGCUUGGAAAAAGGGUGAUAACAUCAAGACAUGAAUUGUUCAACUAUGUGAUGCUCCAUCUUGCUACCCGUUGUCAUCAUUUAUGUGAAUUGGACAUUCAAGCUGAUACGGCAGGUCUCAAUACGGGUUUAUUGGUUCUAUCUACAUUGGAUCACCUUGAGCGCAUUGCACUCUCAGCUAUGGAUCUUUCUACUCAUGGUAUUAUGGCUUUGGAAAAAUUUCCACGGUUACGGCACCUCAUCCUUUAUGGCACUCGGAAUCCAGAAUUGAAGCAUGAAUUGGAACGAUUGCGACAAACCCAUCCCCAAUUGAAAAUAUCAUGGCGUGACAUUUGA